AUGUGGUCAAGGUUUAUUCGGAAUAAGAAGUAUUGCCAAACAAGUUUAUUGGAUGAUUCCAGAAUUAAAUUGGAAAGAUUGUCGGGGCUUGAACACUAUGACACGCACCAUGUGUUGCAUCGCAAUAUUAAGGGGUCAAAUCUUCUUAUUAACUAUGGAGGAGUUCUUAAGAUUGGUGAUUACGGGUUGGCUUCCUUCUUUGACCCUAAAUCACAAGCAACCAAGGACCAGUCGGGUGGUUACUCUAUGGUGCAGACCAUCGGAGCUUCUUCUUGGGGCCACUUAUUAUCGUGUAGGCAUGGACCUCUGGAGUGCUGGUUGCAUUUUGGCAGAGUUAUUGGUUGGGAUGCCUAUGCUGCUUGGCCGCACAGAGGUAGCUAUGGAACUUACUGA